GCGGAUUAGACAGACAUGUCUUCCUCUCCUCCCGUUUUCCUUCGGUUGGUGUGCGGCUGUUCUCAGACUGGGCUGAAACCUAGCUGAGUCUCUACGGCAAGUUGAGACCAAUAACCAGCCCAUUUCAUCACCAGCGGAUGGUAGGAGGGGGGCAGCUGAGAGUUCAUAAAAUGUAUACCGGUCACUGCGCUUUAUCCGGCCGCUAGAAGCGCGAGUAUGGCCUAUUACUUGUGUGGUAUUAGAUAAAGGGAGUGCACCUUGCGUCCGAGAGCAUGGAGGUGACGUAUGCUGCUUUACAGCAUCUGCAGUUUGAUGCGUAGAAACAUUGCUCACGGAUAAAGAUGGAUUUACCUCGUCGUUUUCCAGACCCGGUUCUCAACCCGAUAUUGUUCAAUGAAUCCGCUGCUCCUCUCGGUAUGAAUGAAGCGUGUGCGACUGGGAGCGGGUCCGGCGCCAUGGCAACCAGCGCGUUGAGAAACGAUUUGGGCUCCAACAUUAAUGUGUUAAAAACACUGAAUCUCCGCUUCCGUUGCUUCCUUUCCAAAGUCCACGAAUUAGAGCGCAGAAAUAAGUUAUUGGAGAUCCAGCUGCAGCACGCCCAGGAGCAAUCCCGGUACCGACUGCUGUUUUCCCGGGAUAAAGCGGUCCAGACGAACCUCGAACUGCCUUAUUCAAACGCACUGUGUCAAUCGAGACUCCCCGGUAAAAUCUGGAGUUUCUCACACACCUCCCGAUGCGGAGGACGGUUCGAGACUCACCAGGGGCCUGGAGUGUCUUGGACUCAUCCAGACGGUGUCGGGGUUCAGAUUGACACCAUAACACCUGAACUCAGGGCCUUGUACAAUGUGUUGGCCAAAGUUAAGCGAGAGAGAGACGAGUACAGAAGAAAAUGGGAGGAGGAGGUGUCCAAACGUCAGCAGAUGGAGUCUUUGGUGGAGACUUUACAGGAGAGUGUUCAGUCGUCUGAAGCAUUGCAAGGAGAACUGAAUGAGAAGAUGGAGCGUCUUAAAACAGAGCUGGUGGUCUUCAAGACCCUUAUGCCUCAUGAUGAAGUGUCUGACUUGGACACUAAAAUCCAGGAGAAAGCCAUGACGGUUGAUAUGGACAUCUGCAGACGCAUCGACAUCACAGCCAAGCUGUGUGACGUGGCACAGCAGAGGAACUCAGAAGACAUGAGCAUGAUAUUGCACGGCGGCCCAUGCAGAGCUCCUCCCGAGCAGAAAGGGGGGAUGGCGGUAUGUAGGAGGAAGGAGUGUAAGGGUGAAUCAGAGGAGCAGAGAGUGGAGACUGAUGUUGCUUCUGCUCACUGUGAGGAGGACAUGCCUGGUUCUCUCAAUAUCACUGAUGAGAUGAAGAGGAUGCUCAACCAGCUAGGUUGCUCAGCUAAUUGGUUUGUUGGCAGGCGGGAAACGUUCGAGUUUGACGAUGACUGUGAUAGUCUGGCGUGGGAGGAGACGGGGGAGACUCUCUUGCUCUGGGAGGAUUUCAGUAACUACAACAGUCUCACCACCUCUGCCGCUGCUGGUCCAGUCACCACAGUGUCCUGCGCAUCUGACUCUCACGGAGAACCUCAGGAGCAGGAUCGAAGUCUAGGUAGCCUCAUAAAUGAAACAGAAUCCCUCUUUAAGACCAGAGAGCAGGAGUACCAGGACACCAUCGGAGAGAUUGAGCUGGAACUGGCCACGGCUAAGAGUGACAUGAACAGACACCUGCACGAGUACAUGGAGAUGUGCAGUAUGAAGAGAGGACUGGACGUACAGAUGGAGACCUGCCGGAGGCUCAUCCAAAGCACAGCCACCACCGGCAGACAGUCGCCCUCCUUCAGCUCUGUGGCCAGCAGCGAUUCAGGAAACACCGAUGACAUCCAGGAUGAGCUGGAGCCUGAUGGAGAGAAAGAAGGGGCGGUAGAGAUGAAUGGAGAAGUUAGAUGAUGAUCAGCCCUGUGUCUUUCUGGUUUCUCAGCUUCUUUGUGAACCAGUCACUCUUUUAAGUCUCUGGUCACCUUUUCUUACACAGUAUGGAUGAGUGUGGGAUUUCAGAUUCCCAAAGAGUAAGUAUUGGUGCUUUAUAUGCUGUCUUAAGUCAGGACUAGCUGUGCCCUCUUCAUCAGCACUGCCAAGGCAUGGCUCCAUAGUCUUCCUCACUAGCUUUAACUAAUGUCACACUCUUUACAGUGUGAUGAAUACCAUAUAUAAUAAUGCAUAUUAUUAUAAAUAAUAUUAUAAUAAUAUAUUAUCAUAUAAUAUUGUAACACUUUACAAUAAGGUUUCAUUUGAUAACAUUAAUGUGAACUAACAAUGAACAAUACUUCUACAGCAUUU